AUGAUCUUCUCUACGAUUCUGGCCUUGACCCUCUGGGGGUCGGCCAAUGCUGCUACACUUGGAAGACGCUUCUCCAACGGAGAUUUUGCCACUGGCGAAACGGACCCGAAUGUAAGCAGCGGCUGUACCUACUGGGCCAACUCGAUUAAGUCGACCGACACCUGCGCCGCGCUAGAAAGCUACUAUGGCAUAACAAUUGCGCAGCUGGUAUCCUGGAAUCCCUCCCUGUCAGCUUCUGAUUGCGUCCUAACUGUGGGAUGGAGCUACUGUGUGGAAGCUCCCGCAGUCAAAACCACCAGGAAGACUACGAUGACCACGGCCACCACCAAAACUACAACUAAUGUUGUGACUACAACAACCCCAACUACAACAACCAUCACAGGGGGUGUCCCAUCUCCAACUCAAAGCGGUCUAACCACCUCUUGUAAUGCCUUCUACAAGGUCCAACCUGGUGAUUAUUGCUACCAGAUUAUGACCACUUAUGGCAACUUCAGCUUGGAUCAAUUCUACGAAUGGAAUCCCACUGUCAAGAGCGACUGCUCCGGACUUCAAGCUGGCUACUAUGUGUGCGUUGGAGUUGCCGGGUCUGAUACUGCUCCAACUACGAUAACUGCCGCUCCCACAACCACAACAGCCACGACCACAAGCUCAUCGUACUCUCCUCAGCAGACUGGAAUAACGAAAGAGUGCAAUAAGUACUACUUUGUACAGAAGGAUGACUCCUGCGCUGGCAUUGCCAUUAAGUACAGUAUUUCCGUCACAGACUUCUAUAACUGGAAUCCGGCUGUAGGUUUGUCUUGCGGAACACUACUAGCUGGUUAUUAUGUUUGUGUUGGUAUCUCUGGUAUGACCCUAAAUCUUCCCGUCUUGAAUCUUCUUAUCCCUCUGAAUUUGGUUGCUAAUACCUUUGAAGGCACAUCCACAACGACCGAGAAAUCCACCACUACCACUGCUGCAGCAACAUCAGCUGGUCCUUCUCCAACCCAGGCUGGUAUAACCGCCGACUGUGAGACCUACUAUCAGGCAGUGUCCGGCGACAGCUGCUGGUCUAUUGUCAACGAAAAAUAUACCUACCUGACUUCGGAUGAAUUCUACACCUGGAAUCCAGCUGUUGGAUCAUCGUGCGCCAAUCUGCAGGGAGGAUAUUACUACUGCGUUGCUACUAAGACAGUUCAUCCCAUGCCUAACACUACCAGCACCUGCAAGACAUGGCAUCUAGUCGCCAGUGGCGACAGUUGCUGGUCAAUUGAGCAGCAGUAUUCCAUUACUGCCACUCAAUUCGGAACCUGGAAUCCAUAUGUGGGCUCUUCUUGCGCGUCUCUCUGGCUGGGUUACUAUGUAUGUGUUGGUAUUUGA